AUGUGGCCGAAAAAGAACUCUGAAGGUAGCGUGGCGGGUACGCCAACGGCAGAAGAGGAAAUUAAAGUGGUGCUAGUAGGAGACGCGCAAUGCGGCAAGACGUCUUUGGUGCAAAGAUUUGUGUCGGACUCUUUUGUUGAGUGGUACCGAGAAGUGAGGACGCACGGAGGUUCAGCACCUGUACUGUUGUGCGGCUGCAAAGCAGACCUGAGGCAUGAUAAAGAAACCCUCACCAUACUGUCCAAGCUGAAGACACAUCCUGUCACGAGUGAAGAGGCGCUAUCAGUAGCUAGACAGCUCGGAGCUACUACAUACGUAGAAACUUCCGCCAGAGCAUCCAGCAAGGGAGUGAAAGACGCUUUCGAAGUAGCUGCAUUGGCUGCACUAGGAAAAUUGAAUAAACAGCAGAUGAAACAACAGCAGAAGCAAGUAGGCCGCAGCAAAAGCAAGCGCGACUUGAAAGCUGAGCUAAAGGGGCGAGCGAAGAGUUGCUGUGUCAUGUGAUCCGUGGCCGGCCACCCCUCGCGGUGGCCGCACGACUGCUAGGCGACCACCGCCCGUCCAGAAACUUCUUCAAUAAUUUGCAAGACAUUACCGAAACUUCCAGAAAGUUCCGGUACACUUGUCUAAAAAAGUAUCGGGCCUAAGAUAUUCCCUUGAGGAAACCACAACCAAAAAUCUAAUCGAGUAUACUUUCGAUAGCGAUAAAACAACACACUGAUGUUGUUUCUUCAUAAUGUUCUUGGACAUUGUUUAUAGACACAUUUUAUAAUAAUAAUUGGUAUUAGGUAUUUCUUGUUUAAGAAUGAUGCAUGUAAUCAAACGCCUAACGAAAGUUGCUAGUAUUUGUAAGCUUGGUCUUAAGAGGAUGUGGAACAGAGUUCGUUUUUGAAUGUUACUUUUAAGAUGUGGAUUUUAUUGGACUUUCUAAAGGUAUCACUGAAACUAAGGUGCAAUGAAACCCCCAGGGUUUGGAGCGUGAAAAGCCUGUGAUAAUGUAAAAAUAGAAAAUCUACUAAAGAAAGUAGAUCAGUUUAGACGAAAGGCAUAAGAGAGGCAAACGCUCAUCGCACUAAAAUAUCAUUAAAGAUUAGAUAAGGCAGUAUUUACAGCUUAAAAUUGAAUGAUUAUUGAUUAAUAUUACGUAGCGAUAAAUAAGUGUUUUCAUAUACAUUAGAUUAAUCGAUGUUUUUUCUAUUUAAAA